AUGUUGGCAAAGCAUCUUGCCUCCUGUGUCGCUCUGCUGCCGCUUCUCAGUGGACAUUCAGCAGCCGCCCCUGCGCCCUCUAAGUGCACCUUAUCAACCACUGAGACGUGGGAAGUCUUCAAGCCCUUGUUCGGUAGCCCCCGCCAGGGGCACGCCGCUGUCGCUCUCGGCGACAACAUCUACCUUGUCCCAAGCGAUGUCUCCACAAUCGACUCUGUGGAGGUGUACAACGUCCCCAAAUACGAAUGGUCCUUCGCCGCGACCCUCCUGAUCCCCAUGAACCACGCCAAUGCCGCUGCGGCCAACGGAAAGGUCUACAUCCUCGGCGGGCUCUCUGGCGGCACGGCUUUCCGCGCACUUCCCAACUGCUACGAGUAUGAUCCUGCGACAAAUUCGUGGACUGUGAUCCCGCCCAUGCCUAACGGCACGGAGAGGGGCAGCUCCAUCCUUGGCGUCACUGGCGAUAAGAUUAUUGUUGCCGGUAGCAUCGGUCUGCUCGAGCUCGAAGAAGACGGGCUCCAGGAGACGGUCGAUACUGAUUUAUCCUACAACUUCGUCACGGAGGACUGGGAGUCAUUGCGUAGUCUACCCGAAGGCCGCGAGCACGCCGGCGGCGGCGUCAUCGGAAACAAAUUUUACGUUGUUGGUGGCCGAUUCCGUAGCCAGACGGCAGUCCGUGACACAGUCUAUGUCCUCGAUCUCAAGACGCUCAAGUGGAGCGAGCGAGCGCGCAUGCCCACUCCUCGAGGCGGCGUCUCAGUGGUCAUUGUCACACAACGGAUUUACACAUUUGGAGGCGAAGGAAACCUGGAUCCUGAGGCUGGAUUUGUGUUCAACGAGACAGAGGUGUAUGACGCGCGCACUGACUACUGGGAGGAGCUCCAGCCGAUGAACAUGCCUCGUCAUGGCAUGGCGGCUGUUGCGUACAACGGGAGCGUCUACACGCCUGGUGGUAUUAUUCGCGACUUUGGUAUCGUUGAUAACAUGGAGGUUCUCCACCCCAGCACACUUAGCUGGUAA